AUGGCGGACCGAGCAAAGGUGCUGGCGCUGUAUAAACACAUCCUGACGCUGCACCGACAGAAGCUGGAGCCGCAUAUGCGCGUGCUCGGAGACCAAUACUUACGUGACGAGUUCAAACGGCACAAGAGCGCGGCGUCCAAAUUUGUGCCUCUCUUUCUGCGCGAGUGGGAGGAGUACGCAGCCGUCAUGGCCGACAAGAAAGACCGCUUCGGCCAGGAGCUCUCGACCGAGGACAAACGGCUGUUGGACGGAGAGCAGAAGGUUAAAUUGCGCUCACUGCAGGAUGCCGCCAAGAAGGUGGGCGAAACCAUCGCCUAG